AUGCCGUCGAUGGCGCCGGUAGAGCUCGACUUCCUCGGCCUCCGUCCUACUGCUGCUGCUGCCACCGACCACCACCACAACGGCAGCACCACCGGCGGCACCACCACCACCACCACCACCUCGUCCUCCUCCUCCAUCCGAGGCAUGAAGACGAGCGCGAUAGCGAGCAUCGGGGCGCACCAGCUGCGCCGCGUCAUCGUUGGCGACGAGGCGCCCAACAAGCAGCAGCAGGCUCCGAUGACGGUCUUCUACAACGGCGCCGUGGCCACCUUCGACGGCGUCUCCCAGGACAAGGCAGAGGCUAUAAUGAAGAUGGCGAUGGAGGUUACUACCUCCAAUGGAGGCCGCCGCGUCGUCCGUGGCGACACAUUUGCUGGAAAUUUGACCAAAGACAUGCCACUCACAAGAACCAAAUCGCUGCAGCAGUUUCUGCAGAAGCGAAAAGAGCGGUAA